UUGGUCUUCCAUGCGAAAUUGCGAAUCGGUUUUAUUGAUUUAUUUUUACAAAACCGAAAACUCAAUAUAUUUUUCUUUUUAUCGUUUAUUAUGGAUAGAAUACUUCGGCUAGGAGCUGGUGGUUUACCUGGUGUCGGUCAAGCUCCAUCAACGGAUGCUCCUAUCGUUGAUACAGCAGAACAAGUUUACAUAUCAUCUUUGGCCCUACUUAAGAUGUUAAAACAUGGACGUGCUGGAGUACCAAUGGAAGUCAUGGGUUUGAUGUUGGGAGAGUUUGUUGAUGAUUAUACUGUUCGUGUGAUAGAUGUGUUUGCUAUGCCACAAAGUGGAACUGGUGUGAGUGUGGAGGCCGUGGAUCCUGUAUUUCAAGCAAAAAUGUUGGACAUGCUUAGACAGACCGGUCGACCAGAAAUGGUAGUUGGUUGGUAUCAUUCUCAUCCUGGUUUUGGAUGCUGGCUUUCUGGUGUGGAUAUAAAUACCCAACAGAGUUUUGAAGCUUUGUCUGAAAGAGCUGUGGCAGUUGUUGUGGAUCCAAUACAAAGUGUCAAAGGAAAGGUUGUUAUUGAUGCUUUUCGACUAAUCAAUCCUAAUAUGAUGGUGCUGGGACAGGAACCACGUCAGACAACAUCAAAUCUUGGUCAUCUUCAAAAACCUUCAAUACAGGCACUUAUUCAUGGCUUAAACAGACAUUAUUAUUCAAUAUCUAUCAACUAUAGAAAAAAUGAGUUGGAACAAAAGAUGUUACUAAAUCUUCAUAAGAAAUCGUGGAUGGAUGGUUUAGCAUUGCAAGAUUUUAACACUCAUUGCGCAGAAAAUGAGAAAACAGUUAAAGAAAUGCUUCAACUUGCAAAGAAUUAUAAUAAGGCGUUAGAGGAUGAAGAAAAAAUGACACCGGAACAACUAGCAAUAAAGAAUGUAGGAAAGCAAGAUCCAAAACGACAUCUCGAAGAGUCUGUUGAUUCACUGAUGACGUCAAACAUUGUUCAAUGUUUAGGCGCCAUGUUGGAUACAGUGACGUUUUAAAGUGAAAAUUUGUUUAUAGUUCAUCUUACCAAAAAGUAAAAGUUGAAAAUUUGUGUUCAUUGUUGUUUUGAAGUGAUAUACAAAACAUGGGACCAUUACAAUAUGAAUUGUGACAGCAUUUGUAUCAAAAUAUUUGACUUUACUCAUUACUUCUAAACGUUAAUAUAAAACAAGUUUAGUGAAA